CUUACACCAAUAUAAGAUUGGUUAAAUAUGGUGAGAUUCGCUCUGCUCAAGGUCACUUCUGACCGCCAAUAUUCCCUCUAUACGAGUUCAAGGCCCCCUAUCCGCCGUUUUCUUGGUUCUGCUUCAGCUGCCCGUGCUGGUUGACAUUGGACUUGAUCCUGCCAUUUUGGUUGGUUCGGGAGCUUUUCCCCUGGGUGUUUGUUUGUUUCAAUGCAGUUAACGGAGGCGACUCUCGGCAUUGAUCUGGGAAGCACCAGCUCAAGAGCUUUUCUGUGGUGCCCUGGAAACGGCGCCGAGCAUCAUGUGGAGAACAAAUCGAGGAACAACCUAACCUCGACAAGAUACGAAAAGGGCGAUUUCUCCUCGACAGGAUUUCCCUUUGACGACAACGGUCCGGUUUAUCUAGGCGAGACACCAAAUCCCGACCGCCAGUCCACGUCGUUAAAGCACGGCUUCUAUCCAUUGGCAGAGGCUUCGACGGAUGAGCUCAUCCACGACUAUUCCCUCGUGCAACCAUUAUGGGCGAGGAGAAACGAUCCGACCUUCCGAGCUCGGCUACUUGAGGGCUUGCGGGGACUUCUCUCAACCAUCCAACGACGCGUCAACCAGAUAUGCAGAGCAAAGCGGCUGUCAGUUACAAUAAUCGGACUCUCCGUCCCUUCGCAAUGGACACUUGAAUUCGAGAACGUCUACAGAGACCUCGUCGUUGAGGUCUUCAACCACCCCCCUGCCGAUAUAUACUUCCACACGGAAACUGAAGCACUCGCCCAUUAUCUUGUCAAGAAUCAUAUUAACGAACUCAAUGGCGUUACCGCAGUUGACGUUCUUCUACUUCUCGAUUUCGGGGGCCACAAUAUGAAUGGCUGUCUCUUCUGCGUCGUAUCCAACCAGGACGGGGAUCCAAGCUUUUACGGCAUAGGCAGGCCUUUUGGUGCUGGCGGAGGGAGCGAGCAAUGGGAGUACAACAUUGGCACAAAGUGUGCGGAAAUUAUCAGGCGCGCCUACAAUCACAGCCUGUCAGCAAGGAAUAGACAGAGACUUCUCGAUAACUUCAACCGAGAAAAAACAAACUUGGGUCCGGGAAACAGCAGGUCGGUCACAUUUAUUUGUGAGGAGAAUGGCACACCAUGGAAGGUGAUGCUGGAUUCCCAGAAUAUUGACCAAUGCUUCGCGGACGCCCUUAAGGGGCCACUCCAAGUCGCCGCCGAUCGCAUCGCAGAGCUCUCCAAGAUCAACGGGUCGAAACGGAAGGUCGUGGUUUCCGGAGGGACGUGUCGGAAUCGAGCUCUCCAGGCGUAUCUGCGAAAGCUCUGCAAGAACGCAGGCCUCCCAGCGCCUCUGUUCACUGACAGCCUCGAGAUCAACUACGAGACCCUGAAGAUUGCCAAAGGCGUCGCCUAUGCUGCCGGCGGUAGCGGCAGUAUCGAAGACUUCUUCCGUCGCGGGGCAGCCUUCGGCUUGCAGAUGAGGCAGCGUCCCACGAGAGGCAACAGCAACCCAGAUAGAUUGUGGGACGAUCGCGCAUUUUUCCUUCUCGAUAAGAACCACCAGACAACACGUCGUGUCUCCGUAAACGGCCGAGAGGAACUCCGAAUCGUCUGCGACCCGUUCUGGGCCGAAAAGCAUGACGCAGAGGAGGAGGAAGAGCUCCCCUACAACACGUGCUACAACGUCCUCUAUCUCGGCAAGCCGACCCGCGGGUACUGGCUCCUGCGCCUCUCGGUGACCGGCAGUGGUGACUCGAUGUCUCUGCUGCUCGAGGGGUCGCGGCAGCCAUGUGGGUCGCGCAGGCGGCGGGCCAUGGUCCCAAAGCGCUUCCCGCUGCAGUUCGACCGCGGGACCAACUGCGUCUACAUCGGGGUUCGUGGCCACAGCCUCGAGGAGCUCGGGCUGGGCAUGUGCCUGGAUCCCGGGGACGGCGCGGACGAGGAUGCCUGUACGACGAUUUGGGAGGAGGAGGACCCGGAGCAACGUGGUUCGUCUGGGAUCAGGACGUGGGACCCCGAAGAGGGUACCGUCCGUCUCGAACCAACCGAGUGGGGUGGGCUGGGGCUCGAGGGGGGGUCAUUUGACGAGGAAAUGAGCGCUCAGGUCAACCUUACAUCGACUGCAGAGCACCGUGCCAAGCGAUCCGGGUCGCUCCACCGUGCUUUGGUGAUCGACCCGUCUGAGCGACGGCAACAUCCAUAUAAGAGGCCCCCUGGGGCUACAGGAACAUGACGGGCCAAUUGUAGGUCCAAGUAAUUAUAAUGGGGAAAGACGGCGAGGGUGGGUACAAACGCGUAAUACCGCUGUCUGAAUUAUCUUGGCUUCACGUUUUGGGAAGUAGGGUAAAAUAUCUGGAGAUGAUGAAAAAUUGUAGCGGCUAAUAGGCUAAGCUAUCGUCACACUGUGUAUUGUCACCAUUUUAUUUGAACUAACUACCCAGCCUUAUAUGGAGGGGCAGUAAAGAUCCUAGGGAGGAGCCGAAGCUGUGCACAAGCUGGGAAACCCUAAAAUUGUAUUCAUAUUUUCCUGCGUACUCAUCAGUCGGCAGUGCCGACUCGGCACCGCUAGCCCUGGCCAGGUGGCUGUCUGUUUGAUAUUCUCUUCCUAAUAUUCGGGGCAUCAUUAGGAGUAACGCAAACAUGCGGCUAGAUUCUCGCUUCACAAGAGAUACAGGGUUCAGAGGCGGAGGAGCCAAUAAGCCAAACUGGGUCCAUUGAGCCGCAGAAGCAAG